AUGGUGAUCACAAUACGAAGGCGGUACAUACAAGUAUCAGUGGUCAUUGCGCUUUUGUUUAUGCUUAUCUUGACGCUGCUUCUGAAACAUUCGCAUGCGGUGAACAAAAGCUUGAACUAUAUCGACUCUCUAUCGUUGUCGCUUUUCAGCACUCAAAACAAGGACCCGACAGUCCACUCCUUAUUCAACGAAAAAGUGACGCAGAUUUUGGAGCACAAACAGAGAGCGGACCCAGAGGACAAGUACUGGCCCAUCGACACGGAGCUCACCAUCGAGCAAACCCAUUUGACCGUCCCGCAUUGGUUUGCCCAGCCGGUGUCGGCUAGGCCCGUCACUAUGCCAUUUGAUCCGAGGUUCACCUUGGCCGUAUACUACAGCUAUCUUUCUCGGCACCCCGAGAUUCUUGAGAAAGGCGAGAUGCCUUUCCAUUGGUCGGACUGGGUCGACAUGACGCCUUUGAACAAGCACUUUUUCUCCCUGAACAAGGACAAAUUCAGCUGCUCCAACUUUGACAUGAGGCAAUACCAUGAAGCAAAGUGGCCAGAUAAGGAAGACGAGCGUCGCAAAGAGGUUUUUGACCCGGAGACUUUCUGCCGCAAGGCGGGCGAUGUGGAGAGCAACGGCUUGGGGUUUGUGAUCGACAAGUACUGCGGCCGCACGACGGACGAGCUCGUCAUCUUGCUCGGGAAAGCCUACCUCCACACGCUGGCGCCAAACCCUUCCUCGGUGAUUUUUCUCACCAAAGAAGGCUCGUACUCGGUGCCGCUUGCCCGAGACCCCUCCAGAAUGCUCGAAAACAAAAUGGUGGCCGAGUACAUGCACGCCAACGACAUGAGCAUGGAAAUCAACACCUUGAAGGAGUUCCGACAGCUCCAGGCGGCAGUUCCCCCUCUGGUGAGCGAUGUGUUCCGCGAAUAUGAAGUACACUUGAAGCACGAGGAUUUUGUCUACGAGCCAUCCCAAGUCUUGAAGGAAUUGGAGGAAAAACGCAGCUCCGGCACCAUCGACAGCCAGGAACUCAGCUACCUCGAGUCGGUCGAGUAUUCCGUGGAGAUGAAGGACAACCCCUCCAAAUACUUUCGCGAGGCACGCAUCUUCGACACCAAGUUGGGAGACCACUACGACUGGCGGUUUUUCCGCGGCUUCAAGCUCGGCUCGCAGGAGCAGGCCAACACCUUGCACAGGUUGGUGCGCACGUGGCUCUCGUUCACCCGGAAACAGGGCAUCACCACGUGGAUGGCGCACGGCUCGCUCUUGUCGUGGUAUUGGAACGGCGUGGCGUUUCCCUGGGACAACGACAUCGAUGUGCAGAUGCCGGUCAUGAGCUUGCACAAAUUGAGCUUGAAGUUCAAUCAGUCGUUGAUCGUGGAGGAUGGCGAGGACGGCUUUGGCCGGUAUUUCUUGGACUCCGGUACUUUCAUCACCACGCGAAACCGCAACAACGGAAACAACAACAUCGAUGCCCGGUUCAUCGACGUCGACUCGGGGUUGUACAUUGAUAUCACCGGCUUGGCUGUGUCAUCAGACCCAAGCCCGGAGCGCUACCAUGACACGCUACCCAAGGACUACCAAAAGGACGACCAUCCCUCUGCCGAAGUCAACAACUUGUUGCAGGUCUACAACUGCAGAAACAAGCACUUCUUGAGUCUCACCGAGCUCUCGCCGUUGGUGAAAACGUUUGUCGAGGGCGAGGUGGCCUACGUGCCCAAGAGGUACUCCGAUAUCCUCACCAUCGAGUAUACCGGCAUGGGCAUGAUUCAGAACUUUUUCCUGGGCCAUCUUUUCAUUCCACGGUUGAAGCUCUGGAUCCACCAGGACUUGUUGCGCUUUUUCACCCGCCACAAGGAAGAGUGGAAAGCCUUUUAUCUGGCACCGGCUGACAGUCACGAGGUGCUCGACAUCCCAAAGACAAGCGGAAAAUUGACCAACAACGAGAUCAAGAUCUUGUUGGGGCUCAAGGACGAGGAUUUCCUUGACCUUUUGCUUGCAGACGACUUGCUCAUUACAUAUAUUCUGACCCGUGAUAUGACCUCUAUGCACGAGACAGAAAUCACGCGGCUUCUAUUCGGGAAAACGACUCAGGACAUUGUUGAGAAUGCUCCUGACUUUAAGCCUUUGAUGUAUGAGCCGUCCUUGUACCGUGCCAACAGAGACUUCAUCACCUUUGAGGCGAGGGUCGCCAAGUUCCAGGAGUUCCAAGACAAGAUGGAGCGGGAGAACGCUGAGAACGCUGAGAAAGCUGAAAGCUGA